AUGGCGCCAGGCUCGACGACGACGACCACGACGACCACGACCACCACCAGGCCGUACAUUCCGCCGAGCACGGCGCCGCCCGACACCACCACGACCACCGAGAAGACGACCGCCAGGCCGCCUCCGCCGCCGCCGCCGCCCCCGCCGCCCCCGCCGCCUCCGCCGCCUCCGCCCCCGCCCCCACCCACGACGACGGAGAAGAGGAUCGACUGCCAGCAGGGCGACGCCAUGAGUUGGGACAUCCCGAAGAAGGUCUUCUGCUGCCUACACGUGGGCAAGGGGUGCCCCACGACGCCGCCCGCGCCCAGCACCAUGCCCGCGCCAGUGCCAGUGGUCACCACCUCGCCCUGUCCGAUCGACUGCAACGCUGGUUACAACGACUUGGAUCCUUUGCAGUGGGUCCGCGGCUGGUCUGGCCAGAAGAAGCUGUACUGCUGCAGGACCGCGAACAAGGGCUGCCCCUCGGAGCUGCCUCCGCCCUCGGGGCUGCCGCCGUCCAACGCUCCGGCGGAGCCGGACAGGACCGUGUACGACUGCGACGCCGGCUACCACCACUGCAUGCAUUGCUUGGAGCUCUCGUGGUCGCCGAGGAAGAUCCAGUACUGCUGCGCAAACUUCCACAAGGGCUGCAGGGGCGAGGAGCCAGCGUGA